UCGAACCGCUGCCAAAUGGUGAGAUGUUUAGGAUUGAAGCCUAGCGAAGAAAAUUGUGUCUCAUUGUCUUUCUACCUGACGAUGCCGCUGGUACCGCUGGCGACCUACCCUCGGUCCGCAACGGUUACCUGCCGAGGAUAUUUAUGCUUGCUCGACAGUGGCCAAAGGCUCAGUAUUAUGUACAACCUGUAGCAGUGUGUUUAGCUCCGAAUAAAAAAGGAUCUGGGUGAGGUGCAUUCUUGUGCUUGGGUGUGAACAUUCCAAACAGCAAAAAAUUGUGUGAAAACGAACGUUAAGUGAUACACGAUGAAACCUACCUGCUUGUUAGUGUCGGCCGUUAUCGUGCUAAUGCUAGUGCUUGUGAUUCCCGAAACGUUUGGCAAUGUGCAUGAUUUUGAUGGCAAUGAGCUGCACACUCCGCCGUAUGAUCGGCGCCGUCCAUUCGGCAAAGAGCAGAUGCCAGUGGGACGCGGAUUUACUGACAGUGCGCGUGAUAUUCUGGCCAGUCCGGCCGGUCAGUUGGCCGCAUACGUUGCGAAGGAGAUGAUCAGUCGAUCGGCAGGAAAUAGCCAGGUGCUCAGCUUGAACCUGACGAAUCUCUUGAUUCUGUUUCUACUGAAAGCGCUCAUCUUCGCCGCCGGACUGAUCGGUGCCGGGAACUGGAGUCAGUACGCGAGAGGCCGCAGCGAAGAAGGUGCUGCCAAUGGGGGAUUUUUACUGCCGGGUGAAGCGAACCUCAUCGUCGGCUAUCUGGCCGCGGAAGGUUCCGGCCAGGAUGGGUGUUUGAUGCGUUCCGCCUGCCGUGCACCGCGCACGGCCGAUGAGUAUGCGCGGGCGGCACACGCCCUCAUGAAGGGUGCGGAAAUGUUUAGCCCGGAAAUAGCGGACAACUACAACUACAAACGCUUGCUGACGAGUCUGGACCGGGCGGCAAUGGAAGGGUUGCAAGGGGCACCGUGUGAAAUGAUCUACGCCUGUCAUAUCUGAUGUGGAUGCAGUGGCACUCUUGUUGCUGCCAGUUGUAGCGGCUCCCUAAUGCAGAUGUGCAUUUUUAGUCUACAGUGAGUUUGAGAAAAAAAGUAAACACCUGAAAACAAUAAAGCAUUACAAGCAUUUUUAUUCUGUUUCGAUAGGUUAGUGUCAUAGUGUCAUUAUUGACCUUUUCCAUGGUAAAUUUUAGUUCAUUCAAUCGCAAAGAGAUGCAACAAUUGAUCAGCGUAAAAAAAUCAGCUACAAAAACGGUUCGCAUUGAAUAAAUUAAUUCACCCCAACGAAAACUUUCCUUUGAAGGUUGACAAAUAGUAUCAUAUUUCACGUUCAUUCAUAUCCUUUAACCCUUUUUUCGAAUAAACAAAGAUCUCAGAUUGAUGAUAAGUGUUAGCUUAGUGAGACUCACAUUGAUUUGUAGUAAAGAUCCUUCAUUUUAACUUAUGCUGUUCUUUCUGAACAAAAGCAAAGACGA